CCGAUAACAAACGAUCUACGGUCAACUGCUUUAGAUGUUUUUAAGGUUAUAUUGAAUUACUCAGCGAAUGUUUUUAGCAGUGUCAUUUUGAAGACGCCGGAAAAUUGUUAAACAACUUGAAAAAUGGCUUUAGCUGAAGUAUGUGGUUACAACAAUUUUGAUUCUCACACUGGUGGGAAUUUGUUCGAUAGUGAUGUCGUCCAAAUGAGCCGCAACUUUACCAAUCACAUGGAAUUAGCUGCACCACCAUUCAACAAUCCAGCAACAGCUUUAUCAAAGUAUGCUGUUGAUGAAACAGGCAAAGAAAUCAAGAUAAAGUUUGAUCAUGGUACCACUACACUUGGCUUCCAGUACCAAGGUGGUGUUGUUUUGGCUGUGGACUCACGCGCCACUGCCGGUGCUUUCAUUGGAUCACAAUCAAUGAAAAAAAUUGUUGAAAUCAAUCAGUACUUAUUAGGUACCCUAGCUGGUGGUGCUGCUGAUUGUGUAUAUUGGGACAGAGUUCUUGCAAAGCAAUGCAGAAUGUAUGAAUUGCGCAAUCGCGAGCGCAUUUCUGUAGCGGCCGCCUCCAAAUUAAUGUCAAAUAUGGUAUAUAACUACAAGGGGAUGGGUUUGUCCAUGGGUAUGAUGUUAGCUGGAUGGGACAAGAGAGGACCACAGAUGUACUAUUUGGACUCUGAAGGUACUAGAACCCCAGGCAAAGUAUUUUCGGUUGGUUCCGGUUCAAUUUACGCGUUUGGUGUUUUGGACGCCGGAUAUAAAUGGGAUUUAACUGAUGAUGAGGCACAUGAUUUAGGCCGUAGAGCGAUUUACCAUGCUACGCAUCGCGACGCUUAUUCUGGUGGUAUCGUCCGCGUCUAUCACAUGACUCAAAACGGUUGGGUGCAUAUCGAUAACAACGAUUGCAUGGACUUGCACUACAAAUAUGCUGAGGAGAAGAAAGCAGAGAACACCAUCUAACUUUAAAUAAUAAUCAAUUAUAUAAUAUUAUGUUUCUAUGUCCUUACUUAUUUUGGAAAUACACUUUCUUAAGAAUU